GGCUGCCUGCCUAUUGAUGGGAAAACAAGGGGCUGUGGGAGGACUGAGACGGGUGGCUGUGAGCAAACGGAUGAAGGAAGGGACACAAACCAAAGCUUAAAGCCAUUUUUCUUGCCCUCGCUUAGUUUGAAUACCUCCAUUCACUCUGGAUUGAAUGUAGCUACUCUUCAUCGGCCAGUUUUGUGACGAAGGGAGGCUGAGACACCGCCUCUUCUCGCCUCAGAGGGUCCUGCCAACAAACAGGAACAUCACGUCCACUGCAGCAGGCCUCAGAGACUCACCGAACAGGACACCAUGGAGGCCCCUCUUGUGUGUUUAGAUGAGGAGUUCGAAGACCUCCGCCCUUGCCGUAUGGAUGACCUCGAACACCGGGCCCUCAAACACCCCUCUUACACCACCCCCGCCACCAGCGUCCCCUUGGCUUCCAUCACCCGUGAGGACUUCUCUGAGCUGGAGAACUUCUCUGAGAUGAUGAGUUUCAAGUCUAUGGAAGACCUGGUCAACGAGUUCGACGAGAAACUCAACGUCUGUUUCCACAAUUACAACACCAAGACCGAGGGCUUGGCGCCCAUACGCAAUCAGUCACAAAACCAAGAAGAGGAGGAGCAGCUGCAGGAUGAAGACGUGUGGGAUGCCUUAACUGACAACUACAUAGCUGGGUGGGACGGUCCAGUCUCAGAGGGACUCAACGGCAAUCUUUCUGACCAAGAGACCCACGAAAAAGAGGAAGAGGAAAUGAAUGAAAAGAACGACAAUGCCAACUGUCUGAAAGAUGACCCUCUCAUCACAGCUGAUCAGGUGAUUGAGGAGAUAGCAGAGAUGAUGGAGAAUUCUCCAGAUCCUGGUGAAACUGAGGAAGAGGACGACGAUGAGAGCAGUGCGUCCAGGACUCAACCUUCCUUGUUGGAAGAGAUCAGACAGCUUUCUCAGGCCUCUAACAACAAUUGCUCUUAUGAAGGCCUCAGUCUGAUGCCCAGUUCUGCACUGCUUGAGCUGCUGCAACGCGUGGAAGCAACAAUUUGCGAGUACUCUGAGGAAUUAAUAAGCCAGCUGGCGCGGCGUGACGAGCUGGAUUUCGAAAAAGAGGUGAAGAACACUUUCAUCACAGCCCUGUUGGAGGUGCAGAACCGGCAGAAGGAGCAGCGAGACAGCAGCAAACGCCGACGCCGUGACAAAGCCCUGAGCCUGCAAGGAGGAGGGAGCGUGGUGUCUGUCAACGUGGCAAAUACAGGCACCACUGGCCGUACGGACAAGACAGGAAGCAUGCCUGUGAAGCGCUUCAGUAUGGAAGGACUGUCCAACAUCCUGCAAACAGGAAUCAGACAGACAUUUGGAAGCACAGGGAAUGAAAAACAGUACCUGAACACAGUAAUUCCCUAUGAGAAGAAAGGCAGCCCACCGUCUGUUGACGAUCUGCAAAUGCUCACAAAAAUUCUGUUUGCCAUUAAAGAAGACAGCGAGAAGGUGCCUACGCUGCUUACUGACUACAUAUUAAAAGUGUUGUGUCCUACCUAAAGCCUUUCCCAGCUGAGGGCCGCAGCGUGACCUUGAAAUUCGUUCAUGCCGCUGGCUGAAGCUGCAUGACCUCCCUCCUCUUGGGCCAUUAUCAGCCAUGGAUCCUCACCAUCAACAUAAUCACGUUCACCUCAACUACGACGACUGCCUCUUGCUGAGCUCGCCCUCUCUCUCCUUGCACUUAAUUAUGCUUUAGCCAGACAUUUGGAAUCUUCAAAGCAGGACAACCGACCUCCUUUUGAAAGGACUUCACUAGUGGAGCAUGGCACGCUAUAAACCAUCACCAGUACUAAAGUGGUGACAUCGCAUUUAUUUCCUCCUCUACUUACAUGACAUUGCAUUCACAAAUGAUCGCCUCCCUUUAUUCUUUCAAUUAAAAGAAGAUUGAGUUUGAAUACAGAAGCCAUGCACUGUUUUCUGCCAACAUAAGACUGUAGCUAAGUGAAACGAGGGGAAACACAACUAUUCAGGUGCAGUAUAAAAUAAGGCUAUUUUUCUUUAUUUAUUUCAUCUGUGAAUAUGCGGUAUUUUGUAACCUUUUUAUUUGUAUCAAACAUUUGACAGAAACUUUUUUUAAACUUUCAUUGAUGUGACAGGCUGCAAUGCAAUCCACGUUUUAAAGUCACAUUUUGGGGGGAAUAAGUAUUUGAUCCUGCGCUGAUGGUAAAUGUACAAAAUCAGCAGGGAAUCAAAUACUUAUUUUGCCCGACUGGAUAGCAUACCGUAAUGAAACCAACUUUUUCCAGGGAAGCUGUACACAUUUGCAUAAUGGGAUAAUAUUUAUGACUUAGGUCGUUGAGAUUUGAAUCUUACAUUGCUUAAACGCCAAUUCUAAUAAACAUACUACCCAAAAUA